GGCCCUUCUAUUCGAACGCCAUGUCGACGAAUAAGUUCUACAAAGAGCCCGAGUUCGAGACUCUCCAGCUGCACGCUGGCCAGGAGCCCGACCCGACGACGAAUGCAAGGGCUCCACCUAUCUACGCCAGCACGAGUUUCGUGUUCAACAAUUCGCAGCACGGAGCUGAUCUAUUUGGUUUGAGGGCUCUAGGGAACAUCUAUUCUCGCAUAGGCAACCCAACAGUGGAUGUGUUUGAGAAGCGUAUCGCCGCACUAGAAGGAGGAGCGGCUGCUGUCGCGGCCUCCAGUGGCCAAUCUGCGCAGUUCAUGGCGAUUACCGCCAUCGCAAAGGCCGGCGACAACAUUGUGUCGACCUCCUAUCUGUACGGUGGAACUUACAACCAGUUUAAAGUAUACCUGAAGCGGUUCCAGAUCGGCAUCAAGUUCGUUGAGAGCUCAGAUCCUGCCGCUUAUGCAGCUGCUAUCGACGAGAAUACAAAGGCGAUUUAUGUAGAAUCCAUCGGCAACCCGAAGUACAACGUUGCGCCCCUUCCCGAACUCGCAAAGGUUGCUCAUGACCACGGUAUUCCCUUGAUCGUCGACAACACAUUCGGAAUGGGAGGCUACCUCGUCCGCCCGAUUGAGCACGGUGCCGACAUCGUCGUUCACAGCGCAACGAAGUGGAUCGGCGGGCACGGUACGACCAUCGCUGGCGUCGUCGUGGACUCCGGCAAGUUCGAUUGGGCUAAGUCAGGCCGUUUCCCGGACUUCACGGAGCCCUCAGAGGGCUACCACGGCCUGAAGUUCAGCGAGACGUUCGGCCCCGUCGCGUUCGCGGUGAAGGUCCGCGUCGAGGUCCUUCGCGACCUCGGCUCGGCGCUCAACCCGUUUGGCGCGUUCCUCCUUUUGCAAGGUCUCGAAACGCUCUCGCUGCGCGCGCAGCGGCAUUCCGACAACGCCCUCCUCCUUGCUCAGUGGCUGGAGAAACACCCCAAGAUCGCCUGGGUGUCGUACCUUGGGCUGCCCUCGCACGCGUUCCACAAGGAGGCGCUGCGGCUCUUCCGGCCCAACGCGUUUGGGGGCACGCUGAGCUUCGGCAUCAAGGGCAACGAUGCUAAGGUCGGGAGUGAGGUCGUCGACCGCCUCAAACUCGCGAGCAACCUCGCGAACGUCGGCGACGCGAAGACCCUCGUCAUCCAUCCUGCGACGACAACGCAUCAGCAGCUUUCGGACGCGGAGCAGCUCGCGUCGGGCGUCACGCCAGACCUCAUUCGGGUAUCUGUUGGAAUCGAGAAUAUCGCGGAUAUCAUUGCGGACUUUGAGCAUGCCCUCAAGGCCGUCCCUUGAUUACUCUUGGAACCGGUUGAGGCCCGUGACAUGCACUGAGGACGUAAACGAGUGACGAUAUUCAAACAGAGAGAACGAUCGAGUGUACUAACAUCACUGUAUAUCUUCUUAUAUACCAAAGAAACCUCCACUAAAUCGUC